AUGACGAACGCGCAAUCCAAACCCAUUCACCCUUACAGUGCCACGAUCGCCAAAGCCCGCGACGAGGCUCUCGCUCGCGGUGAUGAGUACUACACCAUCGCGGCUGGUGUCGACCAGCUCAAUUGCAUCGCUGCCGAAGCCACCGCGCAAGGCGAUAUCGUCGAAGAUGUCGACUACCAUCCAGACAGCACCAAAACCUGCCAACCCAACAUUCACCACAUUCAGACACCUCGUCCCACAGUCGAAGACGACGAGGACUGCCCACAACUCAUCGACACCAAUCUAUCCCAGACCAACACUCAACAUGACCGCACACCUGGCUCUGGCCCCGCCCUCAGCAACUUCGACAAAAUCGCACUCCAGCUAGGCGAACUCGCUCAGCACAAUGUCACCCCAACACCCUUCCCCAGCGACACUGGAAUCGUACCACCUGAGGACGCCUUUCGCACACUCGUCAACAUGUACCGCCAGUGCAAACGACUAGUCGAUAACGGUGCUUCUGCUGAGGAUGUGAAGAAGCUUACGGCCCUCAUGAUGGUCAUCUGGGAGCGUAGCUACGGGCCGAUCUUCCAUGCAGGUCUUCGCGUCUGUCGUAUCAAGCUCACGACGGCGAUUCUUGCUUUGGUUGGCGCUGCACUGAUUGUGAGUCUUUGGCGCUUGUGA